UUUUGCAACGCAAACAUUGGUCCAAUCGAGCCGGAUUAUUUUCAACGAAAAUUAACCCGUCUCCCUUUUUCUCCUUUUACAAAGGCAAACAUCGACUUCGUCGAGGACAACAACAACACCCACACAAAGAUCAACGAUCACCCACAACAUUUUUAUUUUAUUUAUUUUUUCAAAUAAAUUAAUAUCAGCAACACAGAAGAUGGAAAAUUUAGGAAAGAUGGCUGCAACUCUCCCCGAUUAUGAGGACGACGUCCCCAUGUCCGAUGAGGAAAGGGAGCUCGAUGCCAUGAUUACCCCCAUCUCCGAUGAACCGAUGGUAACUGGGCCCCCUGAAGCUGUUCCUCCCUCGGAGGAAAAUUUAAAAUCUGAAAAUCCGUCUACGACGGUCCCUGAAGCUCCUUCAGGAGACACUGUGGUCACGCCACCUUCUUCGGCCCCCUGCCGAAACAACCAGGGUUCGAGUACGGCAUGCGUUCUUUGCGACGGUAAGCAUCACUUACGUGAUUGCAAAGAGUUUCGCGUGAUGCGCAUUGAGAGAAGGCUUCGAACAGUCGCACUUCACAGAUGCUGCGGCAAUUGUUUGGCGUCAACGCAUUCUCUACGAGAUUGCACCAGUCGGCGUUGUUGCACUGUUUGCAACAAGCAACAUCAUACGUUGCUCCAUCAGCCUUCUCUCCAAGAUAAAACGCCAGUGCGCUCAUCCCUUCAAAAUCACCCCAACAACUCGAAACCGUCCAAAAAACUACGCAAGCGUAGAUCUUCGAAACGUCCGUCCGCUAAUAUUUCCCAGCUUCCAAUUCUUGGUCCCGGCAUCGCUCCCCGACAUAAUGCGGCACAUUUGGUGGCACCCCGGCCUGUAUCCGCCAUCCAGUCUGUAGCUACGCUUGGGCCUACGAUGGUGGUACAGGUCAUUAUGGCCAACAACCGGAUACCUGUCAGGGCACUUCUAGACCCAUGUGCAGGUCACAGUUUGAUCUGUCGGUCUUUGGCCGACUGUCUUGGACUGUGUCCUGUAAUUGUGGGUCCAGAAAGAUUCUGCCAGUUGUCCGUCGCCUCUUCGUACGACGGUACGCAACGCAUUUCUUUGUCGGCGCGAGUGAUAAAUCUGGCGCACCUCAUAUCUCCUUCGGAGUCUGUGUCCGAGGGCCUAAAAGACCAUUAUGCUGGCCUGCAACUUGCCGAUCCUCGGUUCUACGAAACAGCCGCAGUCAGUUUGGUUUUAGGCCCAGAAGUCUACCAUAAGGUAAUGAAGCCUCAGACCUAUUCUAGCCCUGGUUUCCCAUGGGCCCAGCUCACCAUUUUUGGCUGGGUAAUUUCGGGCCCAUGUAAUAUCUAAAACCCUGUGAGGGGCAAUCUUCAAUUGCCUCUGGCUCUACGAGCCCUCGUCACAAGACUCUACGAGUCAUUUGUUAUAAAAAAAAAACAAGU